AUGCCAAUGGCCAGUGACCCUGCCGGCCAUGUGGCCGAGGCGGUCAACAAGCAGGCGGGCUACUACUACCUUGACCCCAAACGCUGCCCCCAGUCAUACUCAAUGAAGAUCAAAGGCUCCAAGCUGCUAGCAGCAGAUAUCGGCUCACUCCUUCGGAAGGGCAUCGGCGUCGGCGAGGUGGUGCUGCCGAGCGUGACGUUCUCACCCAACGGGAUGGUCAUCACUUGGAAGACCACGGGGCCCUUGGCACAGGAGCUUUCGUACACGGCCAUCCAGAAGACAGGCGGCCCAACCAUCCCCGAGUUUUCCGCCUUUCAGGGCUCCCCAAACAACUACUGCUCCCUCCUUGACAUCAACCCCGCCUACGACCUGGACUCCAACCCCGCCGACGGCAUCGUCGAUGCCAGCACCGCCACGCUCGUCGGACGCCUGCCGCGCCCGGUCCCAGGACACCCCGGCAAGUACGUCUGCGCGAUUGCGCCUGCCGGCGGGUACGUCAAAGUCAAGAAGAGCGCUGGGCUGGUCGUCCCUGACCCCAUUCGCUACAUCUACACGGCUGAUGGCCCAAACUCUUACAUGUCCUGCAAUGCGGGCCAGUACCUGUACCGCCUCGGAGCAAUCCGUGCGCCCGACGACCCGGGCAGCGACAGCUGCCAGCAGUGCCCCAGGGGCAGCUACGCAACAAGCAGCGCGUCGCUGUGCAUUGCGUGCCCCGUCAACAACUACCAGGACAAGGCCGGACAGCGCAGCUGCAAGCCCUGCCAGUUUGGCUACGCGCCCUACGCUGGCGCAGUCCGUUGCAUGGACUGCUACUACGGCCGCCCCUACUGCUCUGAGGGCUUCAGUUCCAACGAGGUUAUCUACACAUGCAACAGCAUGCGGCUCCCCGAGGGGUACAGCCCCGAGGUUGGGUUCACAGUCGUGCGCCCCAUGGACGACCCGAGCGAGAAGGCCGCCGCGGCGCAGUACUCACCCAUGUUCAAGAACUGCAACGUCAACGGCGGAGGCUCGACCCUGAUCGCAUUCAACGUCUCGGCGGAAUGCCGCGUGGACAUGUAUGUCGUGGGGGACCUGGGCCGCGGCGGAGGGCAGUGCUCGCAGGACCCUGUGGGGAACAGCAUCAACGUCUUCUACACCGCCCCGAACAUGAUUUCGUCCUUGACCAGCAAGGGUGUUGGCGCGUGGGGCGUCGGCCUCACCGGUGUCGUCGAUUCUGAGGGCCUCACCACCAAGAUGUUCGCAACCUCCUUUGGCACACGCAUCCCCGACGACUUCUCGCAACCGUCAGAGUUCAAGCUCGUUCUGCCUGAAAGCGGUUGGAGCUACUUGGGCGGCGGCGACAACGGCCAAGGGCAGAAUUCCAAUGUGAAGGGUGUCAAUUUCGACCCCUGCCCAGCAGGCACAAACAAGGAAAUGCUGAAUGGAGACGGCCACUCAGACCCGGGGGAGGACCCCAACUCGCUGCUUUCACACUUCUGUGUACCCUGCGGCGUCGGCACGUUCUGCAGCAAUGACGGAGAGUCGAGCGCACCGCAAAACUGCCCGGCCGGCACCUUCGGCCCCAUCCUCGGUGCCAAGAGCCAGGAGGGCUGCGUCAACUGCCCCAUCGGGACCUUCCAGGACAUGGACGGCAGCUACACCUGCAGGACCUGCGCGCCAAACACGUUUGCGUCCGCGCCCGGCGCCACGGAGUGCAUCUCCUGCGGCGACGGCUACGAGGUCUCGGCCGCCGGCUCCAACUCGUGCAACCCCUGCGCCCCGGGGUACUUCCGUGACAGCGCGGUGUCUGAGCUGUGCCAAGAAUGCCCUGCCGGCACGAGCUCGGGGGAGGCGGCCGGCAAGUGCGCGGUCUGCGAACCAGGCACCUACACCAGCCAAACCAAAUCGGCGUCCUGCACAGAGUGCCCCAGGGGAAGCUACCAAAAGUCCUAUGGGCAACGCAAGUGCGAGCUGUGUCCCAUCGGCACUUAUGGCGACUCACGCGGCCGCAACGCCUGCAAGGUCUGCCCCGUGGGCACGUACAACCCCAACUGCGGCUCUGUCACCGCCACCUCCUGCGUGCGCUGCCCCGCCGGCAAGGCCGCGCCGCGCCCCGGCAGCGGCAGCUGCAGCGGUUGUGGCGCCGGCUACUACUCGGACCGCAUUGGCAUGAGCAGCUGCCGCGCCUGCCCGGCCGGCACCUACUCAAAGGAUGGCGGAAGCCGCUCCUGCUCGCCCUGCCCCAAGGGCACCUUUGCCGACAAGUCCGCCUCCAAGGCCUGCCGCCCCUGCCCUAUCGGCUUCUUCUCGCCCUCGACCGGCGCCGCGCGCUGCAUGUCCUGCCCGGCCGGCGCCUUCACGUCCACCCCCGGCGCCUGGAGCUGCGCCCGCUGCCAGCCCGGCACGUACUCCACCAAGUCUGCCGCCGGUAGCGCGAUCACGUGCGCGGUCUGCCCUCCUGGGUCAUACAGCUACUCCGAGGGGGCCACGCAGUGCCUGCUCUGCCCCGCCGGGCAGUACGCAGACGGGUCCGGCAGUACCAGCUGCAACGUGUGCCCCCUGGGGACCUACAGCAGCGUCAUCGGCAGCCACCAGUGCACGCCCUGCAAGUCGGGCUGGACCACGAUGGGCAUUGGCAGCAACGGCAACGGGGACUGCUCGGUGCGCGUCAUGCUCAACGGCGGAUGA